GUCGGGCUGAGAGGCGGGCCUGGAUCAGGACCAGGGCCCCGGGGGGGGAGCAGGCUCCGUGAGGAAUCAAGCACCUGAGGUCUGGCCCUGCCGCCACAUGCUCCUGCUUAACAAGCUGUCCGACCAGAGCAAGAAUGGCAUUUGCACCACCUAAAAACCUGGAGGGCCCCAAAAUGCAAACAAAGAUGAGCGCAUGGACACCCCUAAACCAUCAGCUUAUGAAUGAUAAGGUAUUUGAAGAAAGAAGAAGCCUGUUGAGGAAAUGGUUUGACAAAUGGACGGACAGCCAGAGGAGAAGAAUCCUGACGGACUUUGUCCAGCGCUGCUCCCUCUUGCAGCUGAAGUUCUGCCUCAAGCAGCUGCAGGACCGCGUACCGGCGGAAGCUCUGGAUUUCACCACCAAGCUCCCCAGGGUCUUGUCCUUGUACAUCUUUUCCUUCCUCGACCCUUGGAGUCUUUCCCAAUGUGCUCAGGUGAGCUGGCACUGGAAACACCUGACAGAGCUCGAUCAGAUCUGGAUGCCGAAAUGUCUGCGGUUUGGGUGGCACAUCAGCUUCUCUCCAACUCCAUUUGAGCAAGGAAUCUGGAAGAGAAACUAUAUCAAGAAAGUGGAAGAGCUCCAGGUCAUCAGGCAUAAGAUUCCUCCCAAAGAAAAAUUUGAGGUGGCUGAAGUUGAGCCCAUAGCAAGAGAGGCCCCAGAAGGGAGACAGUCCAUGCUGUCAGUUCUUCACUCAGCAUCCCUCUUAGAAAAGAAGAGGAACAAGGAGAGGAAGGAGGCCCCUCCCUGGCAUUCUUCCGAUAAGCAUCCGACAGACACCGUCCGAUUCAACUACUUGGACAAUCUGGACCCCAUCGAGCAGGCUAGGCAAGCGAGGAAGAAAGGCCUCACCCGGGACCUCAGCCAGGCAGCCUUUCAGAAGAAAAGGAGACCGGGCAGUGGAACAUACAGACUCCGGAAAGCAAAAUCCUUGCAGCCGCCUGGGGCCGAGCUACCAAGAAUGCCGGCGUGUAAGGCUCAGAUGUCUCUCUCAGCCGACCUCGCCUCCCGGCCAAAAGCAGCAGGUCUUCCAAGCUGGGCGACCUACGAGCCCACCGGCGACCCGGUGACCAAAAGCACAGCCAAGACCCUUGCCCAGACGGCCCUCUGGAAUGCGGGGAUACGGCCCGCGCCUGUUCAGGGGCCGAUCCCAAGGCUGAGCGAGAAGGGGCAGAAGGCCUUCACCCGGACCAGCCGAAGCUCCCCCACCUCUCCUCUCUUCGGAAGCAGGCCCUGGCAAGUCCCGCCAUCCAGCCCUGGGUCUGAGGAAGAGCAGGAAAAGAGACAAAGGCAGAUCUUCACAACAUCCCCACUGAAAUAAUCUCCCAAAGAGGAAGAAAGCCUUCCCGGUUCCACCGCCUGGACGUUUGUCUUUCCAGCCUCCAUGAAGACCAGUUGUGUGGAGGCAGAGACCACAGAUGGGUCACAUCUGGAUUUCCAUGGUGGACUGUUUGAAAAGACCACUGGACAGUCCGGUUCAAGCCCUUUCCGUGUGGCCUCGGACGAGCCGCUGUGUCUCUCACCAGUGAAGAGGGAACAAUCGCAAUUUACCUCGUAGGGUGGUUGUGUCAAUGUGCGUUAGAGCAGGGUUCCCCAACCCUCAGUCCACGGCCGUGGCCGGUCCAUGGCCAUGGCAAGACUGGAGACAGAUCUGCCCCCUACACACACGCACUCCCCUACCUACCCACCCACACGCAUGGCCACCACCCACAUGCACAGGUGCCACGUCCACCCGUGAGCAUGCCCCUCCCCUCUGUGAGAGCACCUCGCCCCUUUGCACAUGUGCACGAGUGCUCUCCACCCAGCUGCGAGUUUGCCCCACCCCUUCGUGCAUGCGUGCCAGUGCAUUCCGCCCAUGCGCGCUAGCACUUCCCUCCACGAGCGAGCUCCACCCCUUUGUGGAUGUGUGAGAGCAUGCCACGCCUCCCCACGAAUGAACUCCACCCCCAAAACCAGUCUGUGACUCCAAAACGGUUGGGGACCACUGCAUUAGAGGAAUUAUCCCAGGGCAAUCCUAUCCAUUUCUACUUAGAAGUAAAUCCCACCAUGCUUCGUAGGGUUUAGUCCCCAGUGUGUACGUACCAGGCUUAUAGCCCAAAAUACUUUGGAAAGGGGGUAGCUGUCCUUGCCUAACUUAUUCUGGAGUGUGGCACAGCAUAAGCAGUAGGCAAAGAGGGUGGGGGAAGGUGCCUUUGAGUUUGGGUGUAGGGCUGAGGGCUAAUCAGUGGAAAAAUCAUGAAUGAACAGAACGAUCCGGGCCAACUGGACAGGUGCCGUGUUGAUCUCUACGCCCUUUGCUGCUCUCGGCUUCUCCUUUUCCUUGUGCACCUUGUUCCCAGUAAGAAUAAUAAUUGGGUACCAUCAAUUCUGAA